GCAUUGGCCUAUUGCAUGUACGUAGCAGAACCGUACAGUAUAAAAGCACGCCAUUUUCAUUUCCAUUUCCAUUUCUCCCUUUCUCACUUCCUUCAUGCUCUCAUCAAAACCCUAGAACCUUCCAGCUACAUUGGAGCUGCUUUUGCCAUGGGUAAUAUGGAAGAACAAAGUGGGCAUGAGAAUCCUCUGCAGUUGAUGUCAUUUUCUUUUGGUGGGAGUAUUAAUGAUGCAUCGUAUGUACCAAAAGAUGAUCCUAGCCAUCACUUUACCAGGGGGUCUGGAAAGAAUGAGAACCCUCCGAAUGCUCUGUAUUUGUCUCAGUGGAUUCAUGGCCAGCCAACAUCUCACAAUUAUGUCAAAUUUCUAGAAGAAAGUUCAACAUUUCCCCAUAAGGCUCCUGCAAAAGAUAUAGUGGACGCCAUCCCUUUACCGGUUGGUAGCUUGCAUGCUGUAAAUGGGGUCUCUGAGAUUCCAAGUGAGGUUUUAUAUAACAGUUUGGCAAAUGCAUGUGGUUUUAAGCUUGCUGAUCCUUCCCUUAUCAUGGAUGCUUGGAAGGAAAAUUUGUCUGUCCCUGUACUCAAUAACCACCAUGAAGCUUCAACAAGUGCAGCAGGAUUUUUAUGCUCUAGUCAAAAUGAGGUAACAUACCUGAACCCACAGAAUGGAGGACAAGUGAACAAAUUCACCAGUACACAAUACCAGAUAUGCACUCAGGAUUGUACAUCAAGGACACAAGAACUAAAUGAAGAUAAUUUUAAUGUUUCUAAACACAAUUCAAGAGUAGCAAUUGCUCCACCUUGUUUCCAAUCGAAACCACGCAGCAGUGCAUCACGACAGAGGGCAUCUGCAACUGACCGUCGUCGCAGACUAAGAAUCUCUGAAAGACUCAAAGCAUUGCAAGUACUGCUCCCACAUUCUGAGGGUGGUAAAGCAUCCGUUCUUGAUGAUAUCAUUGACUAUAUCAAGCAUUUGCAGUUACAAAUCAAGGAUUUAAGUCAAAGCCGAUUGGGUGGUCAAUCAACUUCUGAUCCUUUUAUUUUUCUUGAGGGAUAUGGACACUACAUUCUACACGAUCAGAUGCUGAAAGAACCACUUGAAGAGAUGAUGGGAAAGUUACUGGAGGUGAAUCCAUCAGAAGCUACACAAUUAUUAGAGGGUAGAGGCCUUUAUGUGAUGCCCAUGACUUUGGUCGAAGGUUUACUCCAGACAAUGUAGAAGCUGACAUUGGUUGAAGGUGUAGUCCCAACUAUGCAGAGCAGCAGAAGCUGAUAGGCUCUCAGAAGAGCUCUCUCUCCCGUCUUUUAUGAUUACAGACUCUCUCUCUAACCAAAUUUUGGUACCUAAAAUGGUAAUCGAUGUGUAGAGUUAGUGGAGGUGCAUCCAUCAGAAGCCAACCCAAUUCAUGAGAGAAUAGAGGCUUUUAGGUGAUGCCCAUGAUCUUGAUCUUUGUUGAAGAUUUACCCCUCCAGCAAUGUUGAGCCUGACAGGCGCACUAAUUGCUUUGCUUUUC